AUGGCUUUCAAGUUCUCGACCGCGGCCAGUGCCUCCGACUUCGGCUCAGCGACAAAUUCUCCCCAAGGUUGGCCCAAUGUGAAAGAUGGACCAGAACUUCGAGAGAUCCAAACAAAUGAAUUGGGAUUUGCCGGUCUAAAUGGCGAGUCCAAGGUCCAACUUCUCCCUACGCCGUGGCCAUCAGAUGAUCUACCUCCGCCUUCGGCCUCCCUUCUCAGUGUCGCAUCGGCGAAAGGACUACUAGCAGCCGCAGGUCCUGAUGCUCUCUAUAUCGCCCCCACAGCCAUGGUGAGGGCCGCCUUCCAGUCACCAGCAGCCCCAGAUCGUCAAAGUGUUCGACCGUUUACGCCGGACGUCAAAAUACCACAGCCUCGGCUUUCCCAUGUUGCCUUCUCCUCGGAUGAGAAUGUCUUGGUCGUUUCGACUGAAAAGGAAGGAGAUAUUUUGGCUUUCCAGGUUGGCGAGGUGCAGAAAGGCCAUCUUGAACCUGUUCUGCGGAUAUCCACAAACGGACAGAGUCUGCGGGCGCUAAUCCCGAAUCCUGUACCUGAAUCAGCCGCUCUCUUUGCUCUAAUCACCACAAAUGGGGAUUUGAUGCUGCUCGAUCUGGUGGCCGGUACUAUGGUUUCUGGGAGCAACGGCAGCGUGUUGAAGAGUGGCGCUUGUUGCCUAUCAUGGAGCAAUAAAGGCAAGCAGUUGGCCGUUGGAAUGGCAGACGGGACGGUCAUCCAGAUGAAGCCCGAAGGUGAUGUUGUGGCACACAUCCCAAAGUCUACUUCCAUCCCCCCGUCUAUGCACGUCUCUGGAAUAUCAUGGCUCGAGAACGACAGCUUCUUCAUCAUAUACACGCCAAAUGAUACGAGCCACGGGAUCCAGCCUUCUGAAUACUAUAUCAUCAACCGAGAACCAAAAGCGAAUAAUUACACCUUUCAAAGGUUACCCGAGGUUCUUCCUCCUUUCGGUGUCGAAAGACUACCUCCUUCACACUUCAUAGUGAGACUUAGGAACUUUCAGCCUCAUAUUCUAGAUUUGUUGGUCGUGGCCGCCACAGCAGCUACAGAUAUUGGUCUCAUCUCGAAGACGAAUAAAGCCUUGUCCCAGGAGGAUCAGGUCACAUCUGCCUUUACAUUUACCACUAUCGAGGACGACGCGAGACGUGCUGAACUGCCUCUUUCAGCUGACAUGCAAGACACCUCUCCCAUCGGCAUGGUCUUGGAUUUGUCCAGUUCUGAGAAGGUUCCAAACCCUAUCCCAGCUGAACAGGAGAUCCUCGAGACCGUCGGACCCGUACCUUGUUUGGUGGUCUUGAACAAUGAGGGCAUUUUGGUAGCUUGGUGGAUCAUCUACAACGAUUCGGUCCGACAGAAGACCACUUUUUCGGGACUCGCACCUCUCCAAGCCAUAAAAGAGUCUCCAUCAUCAUCCUCUGCGGCACCAACUGCCACGGACGAAGCACCCAGCAACGCCAGCCCCUUUACAAAACCUACCCCUGCCAAUUUCGGUGUAUCAGCAUCUCAGUCUCGCUUUGGCACCCCGGCAACUAAGCCGUUUGGAACAUCCUCGCCUGUUGCGUCUGACAAACCCUCUUGGGCGACUACUGGCUUUGGAUCCCCAAACGGUGCUGCGGCAGAGGGAUCAAACUUCGGCACCCCAGCCUUUGGAUCCGUGACGCCCAUUGGAGGAAGUGCUACUCCUGCAUUCGGCUCAACAAGUGCUCUCGGAAGUCGACUAUCAACUUUUGGCCGAACUCCUACCCUAGGAGGGCCUCCUUCAUUCGGUCAACCAUCUCUCGUUGGUGCUGGUACCAACACCAGUCCUUUCGCCAGUGCAGGCGUUGCAUCGACCGGUUCGGGAUUUGCAUCGUUUUCGAAUGAAGGGGGAUUUUCCUCUUUCGCAAGAGCCAAGACAGAUCAAAAUGCCCUGAGUCCUUUUGGUGCACCAGCGGGAACAAGUAUAUUUGGGCAGACAUCCGAAAAACCUUUCGGCGUUGACUCAAAAUUGCCAUUCGGCCAGGCCAAACCUAUUGGAAGUCAGAGCUCAUUUGGGAACACUGGGUCAUUCAAGUUGCAGUCGUCGUUCCAAGGCGAUGGAAGUGCGAAAGACGAUUUACCGAAACCCACUGAACCUAGUGGAUUCGGUUUGGGGGGCUUUCUCGAUGGUGUGUUGGGAGAAUCAAAGCAGACCCUCUCUCCAACCCACGACCAGGAAACCGAAAUGGGUGAAGAAGGCGUAGUCAGCGAUGUUGACUCUGAGAAAGCUCAGGAUACUUCGUUCGAAGGUUCUCCGUCUCAAAACUCGGCCCAACCUCCCCAGACGCUUGUUACUCCCCCUUCGACUCUUUCACAACCGAAAGCUACUCCGGCGCCCCCGGAAUCCAGCCUAUUUGGCCAGCCAUCAAACCACACCACAACCCCACAGCCCCAAACGACUACGCCAGGAUGGUCCUUCAACGGCAUCUCCUCAACAACUCCCAAGGAGACCCCUAUGCCUUCUCACAUGACCUUGUUCGGUACGACGACCGCUGCAAACGACACUCCCGCCGCCGUGGCGCACAGCGAACCUGCAGUACCAUUUGCACCCAUUCAACACAGCCCUCAGAUUAAAGAAGAACCUCCAAGCGAGAACGAAUCUGUUGACUUGAAAAAUAUCCCCGAGCCGCCCCUCCCCCCUGACCCUGUCAGUAAACCCCGAUAUGCGUCGGGUGAGACUUCAAUCUCGUCGAAUAUUUCCAAAACUCCCCCAGAUGAUGCCCCGUUGCCGCCGGACUUUCUUCCUCCGUCCAAGUCAGUUGAAGAACCUGCGUCGCAUCAACCACUGCCGGAUGAAGAAGUGGAACCAGAACACGACCAAGAAGAAGAUGGCUUCAGUUCGGAUUUUGAAGGGAGUGGUGAGGAUGUCACCGGGGACGUUAGUGCGGAAGAAGAUGCUACGGAAGAGCAGCAUGACCAGUUGCAAACCUCUCCGGAAAGCUCGUUCAAGAGCGGUGAUAGGAGUACAGAGGUCAGCCCCACAGGUGGUCUGUUUACCAAGGUAUCUUCCACUCCGACGGCGCAGAAACCUGCUCGACCAUUGUUUGGUGAAGUUGGAACUGGUCCAAUCUUUGCUCCUCCCAAACCACAAGAAAGCCCACGAUCGCCAAGCCCGGUAAGGAAUGUAUCAUCCGUCGAAGGUUUGAGAGUGGACCCAACCAGAUCUGUCAGUGCUCCAGCUCACCCUCGAUCUAUCAUUCAUCAACGAAAAGCGGAGUAUCAAAAGUCGUCGCUUGCUGCUCAGGCCGCCAGAACUAGGGAAGAAGAGGUCGCGAAAGAGAAUGCUCGGCGUGAAGCAAUGGCGAGGCAAAAGGCACAAGAAGAAGCUGAGCAGCUCGAACCAUUGCAAGAUGAUGAAGACGAGAUCUUGCGUCAGGAGCUGGAGAGGCCCAUCUCGCCGAUGCAAUCGCUGGAUGAUUUCGUCACUUAUCAGCCGAAGCCGGGAGAAGAAUCGAGUAAGACCGGCAUACCUGCGCAGAUCGAAAGACUGUACGCGGACAUCAACUCGAUGGUGUACACGUUGGGAAUCAACUGCCGCUCGUUGUCAGCUUUUCUGCAAUACCAGCAACCAAAGGCAUCCAAUCAAUCGUGGCCCUCAGUGCUGAAAUCUGAGACGCCGAUGGAUGCUCUUAACGACGAGCGGCUCCUGACCGAUAUCACAAGAUUGCAUGACGGACAAAAUGUUCUUUCCGCUCUCCUGGCAAAGAGCCAGGUCGACAAUUUUGGUGGCAAAAUUCAACAGUGUCAGGCCCUUCUCGCUCAAGAUUUAUUCGAGCUGAGGACCAAACUGACCACCAUACGGAAAACCAUACACGCCCUUGCUAGCACCGAUAAUGGCAUCACGGCACCACUUUCGGCCGAACAGGCCUCUAUCCAACACGAUCUUCGCAAGGCUUUUACAUCGGUUCAGUCCAAGCUGAUUCAGACUGAAGACAGCAUUUCUGUGCUUCGUGCCAAACUGGCUCGAUCGACAUCUGCAGACUCCGGAACCUUUGGGAGAACGGCUUCUCCAAAGAAACCAACGGUAGAAGCUGUGACGAAGACGGUUGGGAAAAUGAUGUCGAUGGCAGAACAAAAGAGUGCAGACAUUGAUAUACUGGAGGCCCAACUCAAAAAGAUGGAUCUUUCGCUGGCCUCGUCAACUCUGAGCAAUGGCGAUAGAUCCGGCGGGCUAACGAAUGUGACUACUCCACAGCGCCAUCGACAAUCAGUGAAUGGUGCGACUCCGGGGACUAAUGGAAGUGUUUAUCAUACUCCGGACUCCAAGUUGGGCAACAGUACACGGUCGAAUAGAAGUUGGAGGGCUAGCUUUAAUGGAGCCAUGGUGGCGAUAUCAAUAGAGGACAGGGAACGAUGGCGAGCACAAUCACGCCGUCGAAAGGAAGCUACCGACACGCUAAAAGGGGUUUUGGAGGAGAAACGAAAGAGAACCACGGCAAAGAGAUGA